AUGGGAUCAUCUAGUGCUGUGUGGACUCCUCCACCUUCGGGUUCUAUGAAGCUAAACUUUGAUGCUGGUUGGGCGGGUCCUCGUGGCCAAGGAUUUGGGUUGGUUGUCAGAGAUGAUAAAGGGGCUUUUCAAGUUGCAGCCUCCCACUAUGAAGAUCACAGAUCGGAUCCUCUGGUUGCUGAAGCUUUGAGCUUCAGAUGGGCCCUAAAGUUAGCUGCAGAAUGGAAUUUGGACAACUUAGUCAUUGUGUCCGAUUGUCAACAGCUUGUUACAGCUUUUCACCAGUGUCAUAGCUUCCCCUCUUUGCAGCAGAUUUUGCUGGACUGUCAGCAGCUCUUUUCUAGCUUUAAUUGUUGUUCUUUUCUUUUUGAAUGUAGAAAAACAAAUGUAGUAGCUCAUGCUCUUGCAGCUGAGAGUCACUUGUAUCAUGACUGUGCUUGGUGGGGAGAUCCUCCUGUUGGUAUCCUGUUACACCUAGCUGCAGAUUUGCCUGAUCUUUGA